GCUAGUCCUGGUAUUUGGUGAGCGUCUGCAGGGUGUGUCGUUUUGAAACUGUCAGUGGUUCAUGCUUGUCAGUUAAGUUUCGAAAUGUGGCAAAAGUCCAUUUUGCGAUUCCCCAAGUUAACAUGUUUACUUAUAUUAGCUGCUAUUCUUGGGGAACAUAGUGUUGUCGGCCAGUUCGAAUGGCAGUCUCGUGAUGAAUUUGAUGCUCUAAAAUAUCAAAUGGAUUCAGUUACCGCAGAAAAUUGCCCCAUUAAAAAUGUCAACGAAUUACACAUGCCUGAAGAUGCAGUUUCUCAUUUACCUGAUAUUAAAGAUAUCAACAUUAAUCCUGUGUUUCCCAAUAGAACAGCACUGUUGCAUCUACACAACAUGGCACUCAAUCGUGCUUUUUUUUGGAGUUACAUUUUACAAGCCCGUUUUAUUAGACCUGCCACCAAUGACACAUAUGAUCCUGGAAUGAUGUACUACUUUCUUUCAACUGUUGCUGAUGUGUCAUCAAAUCCACGGCUAAAUAGCAGUGCAGUUUACUUCAGUCCAAACAUGUCUUAUACCUCAUCAUACAGAUCGUUUUUUAACAAAACCCUCCCCUUAUUUGCCCCACGGACUUUUAGAGCUGAUGAUUACAAUGACCCUAUUCAUCUUGAAAGAUACUCUACAUUAAACAUGUUUGAUGUUCGUGACCUUGGGGCCAUCUCAAAAAACAGCAAGAGUGAAAACUAUACCACUGACUACUAUCGUAUCAAUAAAUGGUACCAAGCUUGGCUUCCUGAUCAAGUGGAUGGGAGACAAGAUACAAAAACAACCUAUCAAGUGAAAAUUCGAUACGCCAACAACACAAAUGAGACUUUCACAUUCCAUGGACCGCCCGGUGCUGAUGAAGUCCCCGGACCACUUAAAUGGACUCAGCCUUACUUUGAUUGUGGAAGAUCAAACAAAUGGAUCGUGGGAGCUGUUGUUCCAAUCGCGGACAUAUUUCCACGUCAUACUGGUUUUCGCCACAUUGAAUACCCUACAUACACCGCCGCAGCUGUUAUGGAAAUGGACUUUGAAAGAAUAGACAUUAACCAGUGCCCUAAAGGUCAGGGAAAUGAUGGCCCUAAUCGAUUUUCCGAUACUGCUAGGUGUAAAGAAACAACAGAGUGUGAACCUAUUCAUGGAUAUGGAUUCCGGCGAGGUGGGUAUCAGUGUAGAUGUAAACCUGGACAUCGACUGCCUAAUACUGUGCGUCGACCUUAUCUCGGCGAAAUUUUGGAACGAGCCACAAGUGAACAGCAUAAUGAAAAUUUUCAUUGCGAUAAAAUUGGAUGGAUUCAAAAACAGCCCGUACAAUGGGGAAAGAUGUCACCAUUAUUACGCCUUCAGUAUUUGGAGCGUAAUAGCAACUACAUGAAUUCUACCCAAGGUCCAAAUUCUACACACACGAAAGCGAAAAAUAUUGAUCAUAUAAUUAGUUAUAUUCGGUCGGUCAACGAACAUAACUGCAAUAAUCGAGCGCUUUUUUCACCGGACGAUCUGAUCUUGCAUGGCGACAUCGGUUUCGGUGCAGAACAACAAUUUGAAAAUGAAGCUCGUAUGGCCCUACGAUUGGCAAACUUUUUGAGCGCAUUUUUGCAGGUUGUUGAUUCGACGGAAGUAUUUUCGGGCAAUCGUUUACCUGAUCGACCUCUAACUGAAGAUCAGUUAAUGGCCGAAACUUUAGCACUUGUACUUGGAAAUACCAAAAUCUGGGCUGCCGGAACGUUUUGGGAGCGUCGUAAGUUUCCUAAUCGUACUCUAUUCGCUCCUUACGCCUACAAGGAACAAUUGAACACCCGAAAGUUCAAACUUGAAGAUUUAGCUCGCCUGAAUUCUACUGACGAUUUGUACCUCAAAAAACCUUGGUAUCAACAUUUAAAAUCACGUUGGUCGACCAACUUUGAUGACCUGGAAAAGUAUUAUCUGAAAAUCCGCAUCCGUUCAGAAGAAUAUGCCGAUCAUACCCAGAAAUAUGAACAUUUUCCGAUAUCUUACAAAGCUGCUGAUCUCCGCCAUGGAUAUUGGACACGCCCUUAUUUCGAUUGCAACGGCUUCGUUAAAAAAUGGGUUUCAACUUAUGCAGCCCCAUUUUUUGGCUGGGAUUCAUUGCGAACUAAGUUAGAAUUUAAAGGAGUUGUUACCGUAACUAUGGAUCUGCAAACUCUAGAUAUAAAUCAGUGCCCUGGCAAGUAUCAUACACCUAACGCUUUUAAAGAAACCAACAAGUGUGAUCUCAAGACUUCAUAUUGUGUUCCAAUUUUGGGAAGAGGCUUUGAUACUGGCGGUUACAAGUGUGAAUGCAAACAAGGCUACGAGUACCCUUUCGAAGAUGCCAUAACUUAUUUCGACGGACAACUAGUCGAAUCAGAGUUUCUGAAUUUAGUGGCAAACCAGGCAACACGAUAUGACAUGUACAAGUGCCGUCUUGCAAGUGCCUCUACAAACACCUCGACUUGGAUUAUGAUUUUUGUUUUUGCUGUUAUCACUAAUAUGGUAACAUUAUGUUUCACGCGAUAGGAGCUACUUGAGUAGUGGAUUCUUAAGAGAAAUGUGCCUUUUUUUACAGUUGUUUGUAUGAACGUUUUCGAUUUUAACACGUGACACCCAUUCCGUCCAUUAUAGAUUUUUCUCAACUUUACAAUGCGUCAUCCGUCCGCAGCUAGUUUUUGAAUCUCCUUAUUGUCAUUUGUCCAAAACAUUCCUAGUUGAAAAAGAAACAAACAAAAAAAAUAAAGUUAGUUUUUUUCUAGACUUUGAUCAAUCUUUUCAAUUUGACAUUCCUCUGGUGGUGUUGUCUUGUUUGGCGACCAAUUGUGUUUCUAUUAGUUUCGUGAGAAGCCUUUGCUGUACCUUGUUUGGCUUGUGGAUGUGACGUAGAAGUACAAUGUUCAACGAGACUUUUAUGUAACUAUUUAUGAUCUUUUUAUUCUCU